UUGUCUUACAGUGACAUAACUGAGCAUAGCUUCUUAGGUGAGUUUGAUCUACUCCACCAUUCAUGCACAGACAUUCAUGAGCUUGACUGGACGAAGCCUGCCCAUUGUGAAGCAACAGUAAAGUAUUUCAAGCUAUGUCAUGCUCACAAGGAGAUCACUCAGCUUAAUGUGGAGGUCCACCAACUACGCACAGCAAUUCAUGACAAAGCCGCCCAGAUGACAACAGUCAUUACUGAACUUUUAGUUUUGGAUCCUCCAUUAGCGCAUGAGCUACAAUGGCAAUGGAAAGCACAUGAAGCUGUCAAUGCU